GUACCUGCUUUUGUAUUGUCUCGUUGCUUCAGCGAUCGUCUUUCGAGUCUCCGAUGGCGAUCGCUUGCGGGCCAUCAAGGGACUCGGACAGUGCUAGGCAGGAGAUCCGCGACCGGCGAAGGGGGCUGGCGCACUAACAGGCAGCAACGCUACUGCAGCGACUAUCUGUUACCCGACUCCUAUAGCCAGGAGCGAGGGGGUCACAGUGCGCCUCAGCAACACUAACAACAGGUACCUCACAGUAAGAAUGCGUUAGGCAAGGUUCCUGAGCGGCUUUGGGUUGAGUUUCCCCGGGCUUGAACCAAGAGGUUGGGCUGCCUGGCGACUGCUCGCAUACGUAAUGACCGCCUCUCUCGGCCAGCCACGCCCUUUAUUAGCCGGCCCUUCGUCCUUCUUCCAUCUCUCAUUCAUCAAUUCCUCUCCCAUCUCUAUCAUCAUCUCCAUCUCAAUCCGCAUCGAGAACUCUGGUACCUGACAUCACUACCAUCAGUCACAAUGCGGUUGUCUACUUCCGCCCUCGUGCUGGGCGCUGCCUCGUCGGCCAUGGCCUUCCAGGACCAAAAGGUCCUCGGCGACUCCAAGCCGGCUGUCAAGUUCGGCGGCGACUUUGAGGCGUUGGCCUCGUCCCUCAAGGAGUCGUUUGGCGAGCUCACUGCCGAUGCCAAGGCCGUCUGGGAAGAGGUCUCUCUGCUCGCCCCGGAUGCCAUGGAGGCGUUCAUUGCCGAGGCCAAGGGCAUCAAGGCCAAGAAGCACGACCGCAAGGCCGAUGGCGAAUGGGACCAUGUUGUCAAGGGUGCUGACCUCCAGAAGGUGUGGGUUGAGGACGACAAGACUGGAGAGUCCCGCCGUCUGGUGGGCGGCAAGCUGUCCAACUACAGCCUGCGAGCCAAGAAGGUCGAUCCCGCAAAGCUCGGUGUCGAUAAGGUGAAGCAAUUCAGCGGAUACCUCGACGACGACGAGAAGGACAAGCACUUGUUCUACUGGUUCUUCGAGUCCCGCAACGACCCCAAGAACGACCCCGUCAUCCUGUGGCUCAAUGGCGGCCCAGGCUGCUCCUCCCUUACCGGUCUCUUCUUUGAGCUGGGCCCGGCUUCUAUCAACCAGAAGAUCCAGAUUGUCAACAACCCACACGCAUGGAACAACAACGCUUCCGUCAUCUUCCUUGACCAGCCGGUCAAUGUGGGCUACUCAUAUGGCAGCGGCUCAGUCAGCGACACUGUCGCUGCUGGCAAGGACGUCUACGCCCUCCUCACCCUCUUCUUCCACCAGUUCCCCGAGUAUUCUACUCAGGACUUCCACAUUGCUGGAGAGUCAUAUGGCGGACACUACGUCCCCACCUUUGCGUCUGAGAUCCUUUCCCACAAGGACCGCAACAUCAACCUCAAGAGCAUUGCUGUCGGCAAUGGCUUGACUGAUGAGUUCACCCAGUACGCUUACUACCGGCCCAUGGCCUGCGGUGACGGUGGCUACCCCGCUGUCCUGAGCGAGAGCCAGUGCAAUGCCAUGGACAGCUCCCUCCCUCGCUGCCAGAGCCUCAUCAAGAACUGUUACGACUCGGAGAGCGCCUGGCUCUGCGUGCCCGCUUCCAUCUACUGCAACAACGCCUUCAUUGGACCGUACCAGCAGACUGGCUACAACCCCUACGAUAUCCGUUCCAAGUGCGAGGAUUCCGGCAACCUGUGCUACAAGGGUCUGGGUUACAUCUCUGAGUACCUGAACAAGCCUGAUGUCAUGGAGGCCCUCGGUGCUGAGGUGUCAUCCUACGACUCCUGCAACUUCGACAUCAACCGUAACUUCUUGAUGCACGGUGACUGGAUGAAGCCCAUCUACCGCCUUGUUCCCGACCUGCUGAAGGAGAUUCCCGUCCUUAUCUACGCCGGUGACGCCGACUUCAUCUGCAACUGGCUCGGCAACAAGGCCUGGGUCAAUGCCCUCGAGUGGGAGCACGGUGACGAGUUCCGUAGCGCCAAGACCAAGGACCUCACUGUUGGAGACAAGACAUACGGUAACGUUCAGUCAUCACACAACCUCACCUGGAUUCAGGUCUACGGCGCCGGCCACAUGACACCAACGGAUGAGCCCGAGGGCAGCAUCAACUUUGUCAACCGCUGGAUCGCCGGCGAGUGGGUUGCUAAGAAAUGAUGAUGAAUGAUUAAGAUAUCCGAUGGGUUUUUUGGUAUAACUGGGCAGUAAAUGACAUAUGGGCGC